AGCCACCAUUCUGUGACAUGUAUAUAUCAAAAACUUAAAAGACACUUGCAUUCAAAUAUGAAGUCACUACUUUCUUUCUUGGCUAUUACUUCAAUCAUGAUUACCCUCACUAUAGAUGCUAGACCAUCACCGGGAGAUUAUCAACUGGGCUCGAUUUCUCAAAGUGGGACUUCUGUGUCACCUCUUCCUACAAAAAGGCAUUGUCACACAUUGUCACAUAUUCAUACGAGUUUAAAAGAGAAGAAGACUGAUGAAGAAUUUGAACCAAGGCCAAACAUCUCGAUUUAUGACAAUGGUGUAGUCAUAAAAGCUAAGAGGGAGUCUAACAAAGACUUUGAGCCACGACCAAACGUUUCAGUAUAUGAAGAUGGUGUGAAAUUAAAAGGUGAGGAAACGAGUGAUGAAGAUUUUCAGCCGAGGCCAAACAUAUCGGUUUAUGGUGAUGAUGUAGGCUUACAAGGUAAAAAGACAAAUAAUAAUGUCGAAGACUUUGAGCCAAGGCCAAAUAUCUCGGUUUAUGACGAUGAUGUAGGCUUAAAAGCUAAAAAGACAAAUAAUAAUGUCGAAGAUUUUGAGCCAAGGCCAAACAUCUCGGUAUAUGACGAUGAUGUAGGCUUAAAAAGUCAGAGAAACUCCAACAAAGAAUUUGAGCCAAGGCCAAACAUCUCGGUUUAUGAGGAUGAUGUAGGCUUAAAAGGUCAGAAAAACUCCGACAAAGAUUUUGAGCCAAGACCAAACCUAUCGGUUUAUGAGGAUGAUGUAGGCUUAAAAGGUCAGAAAAACUCCGACAAAGAUUUUGAGCCAAGACCAAACCUAUCGGUUUAUGACCAAGGUAUAGGAGGAUUGAAAGGUAAAAAAAUGACUGAAGAUGACUUUGAGCCAAGGCCUAACAUUUCGGUAUAUGAAAAUGAAGAAGGGUUAAAAGGUAAGAGGAACUCUAAAGAUGACUUUGAGCCAAGACCAAACAUUUCGGUUUAUGAUGAUGCUGCAGGAUUGAAAGGUAAAAAGACGAAUGAUGACGACAAGUUUGAGCCAAGGCCAAACAUCUCGAUUUACGACGAUGCUACAAGCUUGAAAGGUAAAAGGACGUCUGAAGAAGACUUUGAGCCAAGGCCAAACAUCUCGGUUUAUGAGAAUGAUGCAGCUUUGAAAGGAAAGAAAACAUAUAGUGACAAAUUUGAACCAAUUCCAAAUAUCUCAGUUUAUGAUGGUUGAUCAGGAUUUCAUAAAGAUUACACCGGUAUCAAUAUAUGCUUGAAACCAAGUACGUUUUUAAGAUGCAAUAUUAUAUGAUGAAUAUUGUACAUCAUAUAUCGAAGUGUAUGUGCUAGCUAGUAUGUGAUCGAUGUUUUAAGUUGAUUUUAUUGUGAAGAAUAAGGCUGAUUAAAUUA